AUGUCGCAGCAGCAAGAGCGCAGCGCGCAACCGCCCACAGCGUCACAAACGACGACAGAUACCAUCCAGUCAGAGACAGAGGAGGGUUCGCCCAGAGUAAUACUGCGCUUGAGGGGAGGGCAUACUUCGAACGGGAGAUCGGUGCAGUGGGCUGAGGACGUGGUGGACAACGAGGGAUUGGGUCGCAAAAGCUCAAAAGUGUGCUGCAUAUAUCAUCGACCCAAGGGAGUCGACGAGUCCAGCGACGAGUCUUCAUCCGAUUCCUCAUCGUCCGAUUCGGAUUCAGACGCUGAACCUAGACGCAAGAAGAAGGCUAGCGGUGACAAGGACGACUGCGGCCACUCCCAUGAGCAUGGACAUAGACAUCAUCAUGGACGGGGCAAAAGAACGAACGGCAAGAAGAGGGCACCGAGCCCAAAUGCCUACGAGAAGAUACCAAAACCCAAGCCGAAGGAUACGGGUAAAGAGGUCCCCAAGUAG